CAUCGUGUCUGCCAUUUUGGAUGUGGCAGACCUGUCCGAAGGAUCUGAACAUCAUAGAGUGAUAAACUAUCAAGUAUACCAAGUGAAUGAUCCUCAUUCAACCCAUACAGCAAUUAUAUUAAUGAUAAUAUUAAUAUUUCUUGUUCGUUUUAACGUCUGGCCCCACUAAAUACUAUCAAGUGAUCACAAAAAAAGCAUGGAUUGUAUAAAAACACCAUUUUAGGCAGUAUGAUGUUAAGGAUCUAAGUCAGAAAUGGUCAACUCCAGUCCACUCCUGUUCUAAGAACUUGCAAAGUGUUUCAAGAAAAUCCUUUAAAAGUGUCUCUCAAAUUUUCUGUGCUAUUUUUCUAUCAUUAAUAUAUUGGUCCAAACAUCUCUACAGUCAGUGCAGUGAUUGAAAUGUCAGUCUGGUCUGGUAGCAACUUCUGGAAGGGUAACAGGUGGCGGAGCCAAGAACCUAAUGACCAGAUUGCCAGUCUGCACUUAGGGCUGGAUCGCUGUGCUGUUUUGCUUUCUGGCAUGCUCCAGGUGGACAAGGAAGAGCCCUCGACAAAACCCAGCAAAGCGGUAAACGGUGGUGCUGCCAAACCAAAACCACCCACGGGACUGGGUAAAAAGAGUGGCAAGAAAUUUCCUCCAAUGACAGAACACCGUUCUAAACAGGUCCAAAAAGCAAAAUAUCCUCCAGCUUCACAACUGGGAGCGAAGAAGAAGGCGCCCCCCCCCGCCCGACAGUCUCACUUGCUUCCAUCACCGAAGGAGUCUCAUCCACUUCGACGGCCUGCCCCCAACCAGCCCUUGAACUCCGUCCUCCUGUCUGUGACCCAGUCUGAGUCUGUGACGCACUUCAUCCCCACUUCAAGCCAACGACCUCAUACUCAGACAGCCCACCAGACAGUUGGCAGCUACCACAGGGCCUCCUUUAAUGGCAAGGAUGUUGAUUCUGUGCCUGUGAAGGACACAGACAUCCUAAGUGAGACACACCAGAGUGUACCCAACUCUGACAAAAAGUUUGAGGCUGGUCAGCCUUAUGACACCCAUCUGGACGCACGUAGUGAGGAGGACAUUGGUCCAGGAAAACUAAGGACUGUUCAGUAUCUUCUGGGAGAGCUCAAGACAUUGAUAGCUGGAAAAGGCAGUAUUGCAGAGAAGCUGCUCAGUCAUCUGGAGUUGACAGUGUCCUCACCGCACUUGAACUCCAAAGGUUCAGACCCUGAGAAAUCUGCAGACCUCCAGGCCCUGCGCAACCUGAACGCUCAACUUCACGGACGAGUGGAGUUUCUGAACAAAGAAUUAAAGGAGAGAACGAGACAACUUAAUAUUGAAAGCCUUUGCCAAGUGGUUAGUGUGCCGGAGGAUCUUGCCGCCACUCAAUGCAGACUGCAGGAGGUUCAAGUUGUUCUCGCUGAAGUGCGGAAAUGUCUUCUGGACACGAAAAAACAGCUGCGCGAGAGUGAGGCAGAGAAUGCGCUGAUGAAAUCAGAGUUGGAGACCUUGAAAACCAAACUUGUCCAGAGUCAGCAGGAAAAGAACGAUCUAGCCAUACUUGCCCAGCAAAGAUUGGAACGAAUAGAAAAGCUCAAGCGGACUAUCAGGAGUGGGAACAUAUCGGAGUUUGACACAGUUGUUGACCUUGCAAUGUCUGAUGCAGCACUCAAGGAGCAAUAUGAUGACCCAAACGGCGCCACUGAACGCAUCACUAAAUACCUGAUGACUCUGGGCCAACCGGAGGCCUCGUACGUCAGUGAUAAUGUACACAUGGCUGCGGAAAAGGAAGAGAAAACGCCAGAUGAAGUGAGAAUGACCCAGCGAGAAACACCGCCAUCUCGUCCAAAUCAUUGUGACCAGACACACGGUGAAGGUUUAGCUGGAGUACAAUUUUCAGAGCAGCAGACGGAAAAAGAGCGUCAGAAAACGUUUGAUUCGUUCCUUUCUGAGGACAAAGUGGAUACUCUGACACCUGACUGCAGUAUGAGGUCAGUGUCGACCUUUGACACCAGAGAUGAGGCGGCGUUUCGAGAUGGAUUGGCAGCUUUGGAUGCCAGCAUAGCCAGUCUGCAGAAAACAAUCAAACGGGAUUUAUCGGGAUGAUUGUACCUCAAUGGCGUGGUUUACAAGCCUGGCCCAAGUCUCGAGUUCAGUUCUUACUCAGUGUUUGUGUGCAUGUGAGUACGAGUGGUUGUCUCUCUGUGAUUGACUCGCAAGCAGUCCAGGCUGUAGCUCGCCUGAUUUCAGCGGGGUUAGGCCCCAGGUGCCCACAACCCGAAUCAGGAUAGGUGGUAUGGACGGUGGAUGGGUUUGAAUUUGUUUUUAUCCGUUUUAACGACAUAUAAGAUUACUAAUAAAAAUGUGUUUGUGUCUAUGAGAA